CCAAGACAGAGAGAGAGUCUUUUUUAGCAUUCUGACAAAACUGUCUGUUUCCCGCCAUAAUAACCGACAAAAUCUCCACACUCCCCGAGACAUCUCUCUUGAGAUUCCCCACACACUCCUCCUCUUCCUUCUCCCCCAAAGAUGCUACCUUCCCCCUUCGACACUCAAUGGCGUCCCUCACUCCCGGAGUUCUCUCCAACCUCCUCGAACUCGCCGCCGGAAAAGUCACUCCUUCUUCUCCGCCGUUGUUUUCUUCGCACCGUUUCCCGCUCCUCCAGGUCAUAGAGAUCGUCCCCUGUCUCUCCGACAACCAGUGGCGCAGCGAACGGUUCUUCGUCAAAGUCUCCGACUCUCUCCACGCCGCUUACGUCGCCGUUUCCGCCGCCGACGACGCCGAUCUGAUACGCUCCGAUGAGUUACAGCUGGGACAGUUCGUUUACAUCCGCGGCGGUCUACACGUCGAGAAAGGGUGUCCUGUUCCCGUCGUCCGUGGGCUUAAGCCUGUCCCGAAGCGGCGGACGUGCGUUGGAAACCCUAGCGAUCUCGUCUCUAGCGACUUGCUUCUUGAUUUUCCUCGGGUCUCGGUUGAUACGACGACCAAGGAGAAUAAGAAGAAGAAGAAGAAUCUCGGUGGUGAGACGAGGAGGUUUAGCUUGGAUUCCGCGAGACGGAGUUGUUGGGAUCAUACUAGUCCUCCGGUGACUCGCCGCCGUGACGCCGCGUUGCUUCUUUCUUCUUCCCCACGUCUCAAACCCAAAUUGGUCUUGAGUGAUAAGAAUCUGCCAAAGAAUGAGUCCCCAUCAAAGCACCUUAACUGCGAAACCCCUACCUUAAGAAACAGAAACGUGGUUAAGCCUGCAUCACCUGUAGCCAUAUCCAAAUCUCCAAAAGAUGGUAUCAAGCCGUUGUCAAAGGCAGUGACUCCAUCAGUUGCGUAUUAUAAGCUGCCUUCAAGUCACAGGACUUGGUCUGACCAGAGAAUCUCAUGGACUGGACUCCCCAAAACCAUUCAAUCGCUUGGAAAGGAAGUUUCGUCACAUAGACAAGUAGCAGUAAAGGCCGCAGUAAAAGCACUAGAGGAAGCAUCUGCCAUGGAGUCUGUUCUGCUAAGUUUACAGUCCUUCGCUGAACUAUGCGACUCUUUUAAACAUUUAUCAGCGGGACAAGUUGUGCGCCGGUUCUUGGACAUCUACCACAGUACACAGAACACAGGCCAAGCACUCUGUCUGUUGCUUACUCACAACGGUUCGUGUAGAUCAGCAGGUAAGAAAAAUGCAGCAGUUUGGGUUCAAGAUGCAGUAGUGACGGGUUUUUCCCAAUUCAACUUAUUCAAAGAGCCUGAAAAACAAGAUGAUGCUGCUUCUCCCGGAGACCAUCAUCAUCACUACAUUGUUAUUCAAAAAUCCUCUGAGAAACUAAGUCCCAAGGAGACGACAACAAGUCCAAGAAACCAAACUUACAAGGGCCUGAAACUGCCUUCAGCGAAACAUUGUUUUGUCUCUGAGAGAAGUAACUUAGAAGGUAAAAACAGGUUAAAAGAGUCGCUGAGUUUAGCGGAGGAGCUACUCCGAGUUUCCAGCCAAUGGUUCUUGAAGUAUUUGGAGAACUCACUGAAGAAAUGGUCAUUCUUUGUGAAGAAUGAAGAAGCAAAUGGAAAAGACUCACUGAUAGGCAACCUUAAAGCAGUAAACUGUUGGCUCGAUGAUCUGAUCUCAAACAGAGGUGAAAUCAGUGAGAAAGUCGAAGAUUUAAGAAAGAAGCUGCAACGGUUUCUACUUAGACAUAUAGAAUCUGCCAUUGGAGAAACAAUGUAACAUAAUCCUUCAGGAUUUUUUUUCAUUUGUAAGAAUUUAAUGUUAUAUUUGGGAGUGUUUAAUUUCAUAGUUGCCGAACUUUGAGAUU